UCUACCCGAGGACAAUGAUCGCGGAGUCUGCUCACUUUUACCUCUUUGGAUUAAUAUGUCUCUGUUCAGGCUCCCGUCUUCGUCAGGAAGAUUUUCCACCUCGCAUUGUUGAGCACCCUUCAGACCUAAUUGUCUCAAAAGGAGAACCAGCGACUUUGAACUGUAAAGCCGAAGGCCGCCCCACACCCACGAUUGAAUGGUACAAAGGCGGGGAGAGAGUGGAAACGGACAAAGAUGACCCUCGCUCACACCGAAUGUUACUGCCAAGUGGAUCUUUAUUUUUCUUACGUAUAGUACACGGACGAAAAAGUAGGCCUGAUGAAGGGGUCUAUGUCUGCGUAGCAAGGAAUUACCUCGGAGAGGCUGUGAGCCACAAUGCAUCGCUGGAGGUAGCUAUACUUCGGGAUGACUUCAGACAAAAUCCUUCUGAUGUCAUGGUGGCAGUUGGGGAGCCUGCAGUAAUGGAAUGCCAGCCUCCACGAGGUCAUCCUGAACCAACCAUAUCCUGGAAGAAAGAUGGGUCUUCUCUGGAUGAUAAAGAUGAAAGAAUAACUAGUAGACCAUCAUUUGUGAGAGACCGCAGUAAGGCUGUAACUGUGGACGACAGUGCAGAAUUUAAAUGUGAGGCCCGAGGAGACCCUGUGGCCUAAGUACGAUGGAGGAAAGAAGAAUGGCGAGCUGCCAAAUCCAGAUAUGAAAUCCGAGAUGAUACUUUAAAAAUUCGGAAGGUGGAUGGCUGGUGACAUGGGAUGCAUAAUCAAUGUGUGCAGAAAAACAUGGUUGGAAAAGCGAACUUCACUACUCUGACUGUUCAUGAACCUCCACAUUUUGUUGUGAAACCCCGUGACCAGGUUGUUGCCUUGGGACGAACAGUGACUUUUCAGUGUGAAGCAACUGGAAACCCUCAACCAGCUAUUUUUUGGAGGAGAGAGGGGAGUCAGAAUUUGCUCUUUUCAUACCAGCCACCGCAGUCAUCCAGCCGGUUUUCUGUGUCCCAGACUGGUGACCUCACCAUCACUAAUGUCCAGCGAUCUGAUGUUGGUUAUUAUAUCUGUCAGACUUUAAAUGUUGCUGGAAGUAUCAUCACAAAAGCGUAUUUGGAAGUUACUGAUGUGAUUGCAGACCGGCCUCCCCCUGUCAUUCGACAAGGUCCUGUAAAUCAGACUGUUGCAGUAGAUGGUACUUUCGUCCUCAGCUGUGUGGCCACAGGCAGUCCAGUGCCCACGAUUCUGUGGAGAAAGGAUGGAACUCUUGUUUCAACCCAAGAUUCUCGAAUCAAACAGCUGGAGACUGGAGUGUUGCAGAUUCGAUAUGCUAAGCUGGGUGACACUGGUCGGUACACCUGCACUGCAUCAACACCCAGUGGCGAAGCAACAUGGAGUGCUUACAUUGAUGUCCAAGAAUUUGGUGUUCCAGUUCAACCACCAAGACCUACUGACCCCAAUUUAAUCCCUAGUGCCCCCUCCAAACCUGAAGUUACAGAUGUCAGCAGAAAUACAGUAACUUUAUCAUGGCAGCCAAAUUUGAAUUCAGGAGCAACUCCAACAUCUUACAUUAUAGAAGCUUUCAGCCAUGCAUCUGGUAGCAGCUGGCAGACCGUAGCUGAGAAUGUGAAAACAGAAACAUUUGCCAUUAAAGGACUCAAACCUAAUGCAAUUUACCUUUUCCUUGUGAGGGCAGCUAACGCAUAUGGAAUUAGUGAUCCAAGCCAAAUAUCAGAUCCAGUGAAGACACAAGAUGUUCCACCAACAAGCCAGGGGGUGGACCACAAGCAGGUGCAGAGAGAGCUGGGGGACGUUGUCCUGCACCUGCACAACCCUACCAUCCUUUCUUCCUCUGCAGUUGAAGUACACUGGACAGUGGACCAGCAGUCUCAGUAUAUUCAAGGAUAUAAAAUUCUCUACCGGCCAUCUGGAGCCAACCAUGGCGAAUCAGACUGGCUAGUUUUUGAAGUGAGGACACCAACCAAAAACAGUGUGGUUAUCCCUGACCUCAGAAAGGGAGUCAACUAUGAAAUUAAGGCUCGCCCCUUUUUUAAUGAAUUUCAAGGAGCAGACAGUGAAGUUAAGUUUGCCAAAACCUUAGAAGAAGCGCCAAGUGCCCCACCCCGAAGUGUAACUGUAUCAAAGAAUGAUGGAAAUGGAACUGCAAUUCUUGUCAGUUGGCAGCCACCUCCAGAAGAUACUCAGAAUGGAAUGGUGCAAGAAUAUAAGGUUUGGUGUCUGGGCAACGAAACUAGAUAUCAUAUAAACAAGACAGUAGAUGGUUCUACCUUUUCUGUGGUCAUUCCCUCUCUUGUUCCUGGGAUCCGAUACAGCGUGGAAGUGGCAGCCAGCACUGGGGCUGGUCCUGGGGUGAAGAGCGAACCUCAAUUUAUCCAGUUGGAUUCUCAUGGAAACCCAGUGUCACCUGAAGACCAAGUCAGCCUUGCUCAGCAGAUUUCAGAUGUCGUGAAGCAGCCGGCAUUCAUUGCAGGAAUCGGGGCAGCCUGCUGGAUCAUCUUGAUGGUCUUCAGCAUCUGGCUGUAUCGGCAUAGGAAGAAGAGGAAUGGACUCACCAGUACUUAUGCGGGCAUCAGAAAAGUCCCGUCCUUUACCUUCACACCAACAGUAACUUAUCAGAGAGGAGGUGAAGCUGUGAGCAGUGGAGGGAGGCCAGGACUUCUCAACAUCAGUGAACCUGCCACACAACCAUGGCUGGCAGACACAUGGCCCAACACUGGCAACAAUCACAAUGACUGCUCCAUCAGCUGCUGCACUGCAGGCAAUGGGAACAGCGACAGCAACCUGACAACCUACAGCCGCCCAGCUGAUUGUAUAGCAAAUUAUAACAACCAACUGGAUAACAAACAAACAAAUCUGAUGCUCCCUGAGUCAACUGUUUAUGGUGAUGUGGACCUUAGUAACAAAAUCAAUGAGAUGAAAACCUUCAAUAGCCCAAAUCUGAAGGACGGGCGUUUUGUCAAUCCAUCAGGGCAGCCCACUCCUUACGCCACCACCCAGCUCAUCCAGUCAAACCUCAGCAACAACAUGAACAAUGGCAGUGGAGACGCCAGCGAGAAGCACUGGAAACCACCCGGUCAGCAGAAACAAGAAGUGGCACCAAUUCAGUACAACAUCAUGGAGCAAAACAAGCUGAACAAAGAUUAUCGAGCAAAUGAUGCAAUUCCUCCAACUAUCCCAUACAACCAGCCAUACGACCAGAAUACAGGAGGCUCCUACAACAGUUCAGAUCGGGGCAGUAGUACAUCCGGGAGUCAAGGGCACAAGAAAGGGGCACGAACACCCAAGGUACCAAAGCAGGGUGGUAUGAACUGGGCAGACUUGCUUCCUCCCCCACCAGCACAUCCUCCUCCACACAACAACAGUGAAGAGUACAGUGUUUCUGUAGAUGAAAGCUAUGAGCAAGAAAUGCCUUGUCCUGUACCACCAGCAAGGAUGUAUUUGCAACAGGAUGAGUUAGAAGAGGAAGAAGAUGAAAGAGGCCCCACACCUCCUGUUCGGGGGGCAGCUUCUUCUCCAGCUGCCGUGUCCUAUAGCCAUCAGUCCACUGCCACUCUGACUCCUUCCCCCCAGGAAGAGCUGCAGCCCAUGUUACAGGAUUGCCCAGAGGAGAUCAGCCACAUGCAGCACCAACCUGACAGGAGACGGCAGCCUGUAAGUCCUCCUCCACCACCGCGGCCAAUUUCCCCACCACAUACCUAUGGCUACAUUUCAGGACCUCUUGUCUCAGAUAUGGAUACAGAUGCACCAGAAGAGGAAGAAGAUGAAGCUGACAUGGAAGUUGCCAAAAUGCAAACUAGAAGGCUUUUAUUACGUGGGCUUGAGCAGACCCCUGCCUCAAGUGUUGGAGACCUUGAGAGCUCUGUCACUGGGUCCAUGAUUAAUGGCUGGGGCUCAGCCUCGGAGGAGGACAACAUUUCCAGUGGGCGUUCCAGUGUUAGUUCUUCUGAUGGCUCCUUUUUCACUGAUGCUGAUUUUGCCCAGGCAGUAGCAGCAGCUGCAGAGUAUGCUGGUCUGAAAGUAGCACGACGUCAAAUCCAAGAUGCGUCUGGUCGCCGACAUUUUCAUGCAUCUCAAUGCCCUAGACCCACAAGUCCUGUGUCUACAGACAGCAACAUGAGUGCUGCUGUAAUGCAGAAACCCAGACCAGCCAAGAAACAAAAACACCAGCCAGGACAUCUGCGCAGAGAAGCCUACACAGAUGAUCUUCCACCUCCUCCAGUGCCACCACCUGCUAUAAAAUCACCCACUGUCCAGUCCAAGGGACAGAUGGAGGUACGACCUGUAAUGGUGCCAAAACUCCCUUCUAUGGAAACAAGAAUGGACAGACCAUCGGAUAGAAAAGGAGGCAGUUACAAGGGUAGAGAAAUAUCGGAAGGAAGACAAGUUGCUGACCUGCGAACAAAUCCAGGUGAUCUCAGAGAAGCACAGGAACAGCAAAAUGAUGGGAAAGGACGAGGAAGCAAGGCAGCAAAACGAGACCUUCCACCAGCAAAGCCUCAUCUCAUCCAAGAGGAUAUUCUACCUUACUGUAGACCAACUUUUCCAACAUCAAAUAAUCCCAGAGAUCCCAGUUCCUCAAGCUCAAUGUCAUCAAGAGGAUCUGGAAGUAGACAAAGAGAACAAGCAAAUGUAGGUCGAAGAAAUAUUGCAGAAAUGCAAGUACUUGGAGGAUAUGAAAGAGGAGAAGAUAAUAAUGAAGAAUUGGAGGAAACUGAAAGCUGAAGUUAACCAGAGAGGCUCAUGAGAUCAAUGUGAAAAUUAUCACUCAAGAUGCCUCAUGUCUGAUGACACAUGACUCCAGAUAAAAUGUUCAGUGCAAUCAGAAUGUACAAGUUGUCAUUUUUAUUCCUCUUAUUGGGAUACCAUUUUUGAAAAUUUUGUUGGUUUUUUUAUUGUUGCUGUUUGAUCCCUAACCUUUGAAGAACCUCCCUCUUCCCCCUCGCUGUUGGAACCAUUACACUUUCAGGAAGGGAAGUUUUUUGACUUCUUGCUUCAGUCAUAAGCCAGCAAGAACGAAAAGAACAGUUCUUUUGCAUUUUGCCCCUGAGAUACGGCAUUGCACUGCUUAUAUACCAAGCUAAUUUAGCAAAAUAUUGAUCAAAGAUACAAAGUUGAUUAAUCAACCUCAUGCCAAGGGCUCUCAAAAUAUAAUAUUUCUAUAACCAACUGCUAAUGCAAAUUAAAACAUACUUCAUUCUAACAUUAUGUUAAAAUCAGUCUUUCAUACCACCCUUUGCUGGGAGAAACUAAAAAUAUAGCAAAUACAGAACUACAAAUAAUUUGAAUGGGGUAGAAACAUUGUAAAUAUAUACUCUUUGCAACUCCUGGUGGUACUUUAUUUUGUCUUCAUUUCAAUCAUUGAAGUAUAUUCUUACUGGAAAUGUACUUUUGGAAAAAUAGGGCUAAGCCAGUUGGAUCUCUGGUUGUCUAGUCAUUGUCAUAAGUAAGCCUAGCAAAAACUUUGUUCUAUUUUUCAAUCAAAAAGCAACUAUAAAUACGUAUUACCAACAAAUGGAUGUUUUUGAUGACCAAUUAGGUAAGGACAUCCCUAUCUUAACUGGCCUAAAUUUCUUCUGGUAGUGUCAGUUCAACUUUCAGAAGUGCCACUUAAGGAAGUUUGUUUGAUUUUUGUUUUUGUAAUGCACUGUUUUUAAUCUUUUUUUUUUUUUUGGUUUUAAAAGCACAAUCACUAAACUUUAUUUGUAAACCAUUGUAACUAUUAACCUUUUUUGUCUUAUUGAAAAGAUGUUGAGAAGUGUUUUUAACCUGUUUUGUUAAUGCUCUAUGUUUGUAUUUGGAAUAUUUGAAUGAUGACAGAUGGUGAAGUAAUGUGCAGACAUUUUUGUGGGCCAUGAACCAAAUGGUUCAUACUUUUCCUGGACUUAAAGAAAAAAAAGAUUUAAGUUUGUUGUGGCCAAUGUUGAAACUUACAAGAUUUCCUUAUAAGCUCAAAUAGAGGCAUUUACUUGCUUUGAAUUGCCAAAUGAUGCCAUGACUGUUGAUUUUUAUGACCUUUUUUUGUCAUUAUAUAAAUUUCACUGACUUAAUAAUUGGUGCUAUUUGAAAGAUUAAAAAAAUGAACAUUUAUUCAUGCCCAGGAACCAAGCCUGACCCCACUGGAAAACAAAGCCAAACAAAUUUGAACCAUAAAGAAAAGGCUGGUGUUCACCAAAAACUAAAUGUGUUCAUUUAGAUAAUUUGAAAAGUUCCAUAGAAAGGGUGUGCAGUACUAAGGGAACAAUCCAUGUGAUUGAUGUUUUCAUUAUGUUCAUGUAAGAAGCCUCUUAUUUUUAGCCAUAAUUUUGCAUACUGAAAAUCCAAUAAUCAGAAAAGUAAUUUUGUCACAUUAUUUAUUAAAAAUGUUCUCAAAUACAU